AAGCCUCUGCAGCAGACAUGGACCUGACCUCUGCUAACUUCACCAACUCCUCAACUGCAGGACCUCCAUCUUCAGUUUCUGGUUUGAGGACCCUGGUCCCAGUAGGACUCAUGUCACUCUGCUUCCUGGUGGGAUUCCCUGGAAAUAUAGCUGUUUUAAUCCUCAGACCAAACUGGCAGAAACUGUCCAGGCUGACCCAGUGGCUGAUGAUGAACCUGGCCUUGUCUGACUUGUUGUGCUUGAUCACUCUGCCUAUUUGGAUCUACGCUGUUCUGUACAACUGGACUCUGGGCGUCACUAUCUGUAAGAUGGCUGGAUUUGUUGUACAUUGUAGUAUCUCCAGCAGUGUACUGACCAUAACUGCUCUGAGUGUCCAGCGCUACAUGCAGGUCGUACACCCGCAGAGAUGUAUCAGAUUCAAGAUGAGACUCCUUAUCCUGUUGUGGCUCAUAUCGAUGGUCCUCUCCAUUCAAGCUUUAAUGUCCCGGCAAAUUAUCAAAGAUCACCAUCAGAUGAGCUGUUUUACUAAAUACAACUCUACACAGCAUGUGGCUAUGUUGCUCACUGAAUGCUUUUUUGGAUUCAGCUCAUUCAUCAUUACUGCAUGUGCAUAUAUUUUUCUGCACAAAAAGCUAAACCAGGCAGUAUUUUUCAACAAUCCAUUUACCUUCAAACUUGUCACCACUAUCAUAGUGACAUUUUUUGUAUUCUCAAUGCCAUACUUGGUUUUUAAUCUUGUGAUGGUGGGAGGUGUUUUAAGUAACAACUUGAAGAUUGUUGCAUUUUAUCCAACUGGCUUAAACUUUUUUGGAGGUUUAACAUUUAUCAACAGUAGCAUAAAUCCACUUCUCUAUGCAUUUUCCGGUGGAAUAUGUCAUAAAAAUACAAACGUCCAACAAGAUUCUGAUUUUCAAUAG